AAUGACAUAAAUAAACCGAAAUAAAUAUGGCAGCGCGGCAUCGAUCGUGCAUUUCUAGUGUCCUUUCUACUUUGUCUGUGGCUGUGGUUCAGUGAGGUGAGAAUGUGACAGAAGAAUACAAAUCGGGACUAUCGAAACAUUAGACAGUGUUUGAAAUCGUGCGAUUAACGUGGUUUGCUAAUAUUAGAUCGAAAAACAUUGCCUGGACGUUGCUGGUGUUUACUAUUUCGGCAAGAAAGUUCACGGUAGCCGAUUGGGCCUCUGGAAGCUGCGAAUUGUCUAUGAAUGAAUCAGCCGUCUCGUGAAGGUGGGAAAGUAUCGUAAUAAUGGAAGCUGCCGACAUGGAUGAGAUUAUUGCAGGGCUCAAAAAUGCAACUAUAGAGAAAAAUCCUGAGCAGGCUCUACCUUUGCUUAAGCGAAUAGCCGAUACGGAAAACAACCUUAGCGAUAAAUACGACAUAAAAUCAGAUCUGCUGGAGCUGCUGUCAUUGGAUAAUCAAACUAUCUGCGUACAGGUGGCUCGGUGCAUUGCGGAAAUAGCUAAAACGGAAGUCCAGCGAGAUAAGUUUACCAAAGAAGACAUUAUCCGAAAGCUGGUAUCAUUUUUGUCGUCCGAAAAUGAAAAAAGCAAGCUUGAACUUACCACACAGGUUUGCCGAGCUUUGGGCAACAUUUGCUAUGCCAAUGACGAUGCGCGCAACAUUAUCAAAGCUACUAAGGGGGACGAGAUAAUUUUUUCGCUUCUAGACUUAGAUCUCGAUACCGACGAGGAAGACAAGGAUCAGUUCGUUCGAGUAAGAUGUGGUUUGAUUUCAAACUAUUUGCUCGGAAGCGAUGACAUAGCAGAGCGGGCGGUCGAACUUCAAAUUAUCGGAAAAAUUGAGAAGAUUCUGGACCGGUGCGUAGCGGAUGUUGAUAAAUACGAGGAUCUCCUGCUGAACAUGCUCCCCCCAUUAAGCAUUUUAACCGAACAGAUAAGUGAUUUGUACUUUGAACCAUCACUGAACAAAUUGAUUGCGCAAAUUUUGGCUAAAUGUACUAAUCCGGAUUUGGCCGAAUCGUGCCUUGCAUUACUUCACUACGAGGCGCAAAACGACGAAGUAAAGCUGUUGCUGGCUGAGGAGGGCCUGUGCGAAACGAUAUAUAAACUGCUGGAAAGGUACAAAACCUUCGCCAAUACGGACGAGGCACGAGUGCUGAUGAAGCUGGCGUGUGAUCUUAUUGUACUUAUUUUGACGGGAGAUAAAUCGAUGCAUUAUUUAUAUACAACCCCGCUGCUGAAAUACAUGGAGGACUGGCUCGAUUCGUACGACGUUGAGCUUCUGACUACAGGUGUUUUGGCUUUGGGAAAUUUCGCUCGCACUGACCGGCACUGUAUCUAUAUGGUGGAAAACGAAAUCAUGCAUAAAUUGCUCUUUAUACUGGCGAAAAAUAAUGGUGUCGACCAUCAAAUGACGCUGCAGCAUGCGCUAUUGAGUACUCUAAAAAAUCUCGUCAUACCAAAACCGAACAAGGCCGCCUUGAUUGAAGCUGGUUUGGUAGACAUCAUUCUACCAAUGUUGGAAAUUCAUCAACCACCGGUUGUGUUUAAGUUACUUGGAACGCUUCGGAUGACUGUAGACGGACAGGAAACCGUAGCACUUGAACUGCUUCAGAACGAAAAACUUAUCAAGCAGUUGGUUCAUUGGAGUAAGACUUCAGAAUUUACAGGAGUGUUGGGUGAAUCGCUACGUUUGAUGGCUUGGCUUAUCAAGCACGCGUACCAUGUGAACAAUAAUCUGUCUGCUGCAGAUGACGUCGGUUUGAGAAAGUUUGUUGCAGUCGAAGGUGCCGUCGAUAGUAUGGUGAGCAUGCUGACUUCAACGCACUUGGUAAUGCAGAACGAAGCUCUGAUAGCCCUUAGUAUUUUGUCGACGGUUUUUCACAACAAAACUGCCGAUGUUCAGCUAGACACUCUGUUGAUACGCGCCGAUGUAGGAGCGAAGCUUGCCGAGCAAAUUACGUUGAAUGGGGAAACGAUGACGAAAGAAAUAGUGGAAAAUUUGCAGACAUCUGUUAAACUUCUAAAAGCAUCGCCAGAGUGUGCAGAGCAUUUGAGGAAACACAACAUUGAUGAACUAUUGAAGUCGAUACCUAGUCUGGUAGAAUAUUGCACACUCUAAGUGCUAAGCUUUUCUUUUUUUUUUCAAUUACAUUAGGGAUCAGUAUUGUUCUUUGCAUGCAAAUGUGCUUAAUCAAUUUAUUUAAUUAUGUGCAUUAUUGGUGGGACAAACGUGAGUUACAUGUAAUUUAGACUACAUUUUGAUGAAACAUCUUGUAAUUGUUCGCUGAAGUGUUUUUGCCGAGCGUUGUUUAUAUAAUCCGCGUUCAUCAAUUGCUGGAUGAAAACGAUGUGUGGUGCUUCUAAACUAUAUGAAAUUUGCCAACAGAGAAAAGUUAACGUGACAUUCUUAACUUAAGGUCAGAUUAAGUCUACUUGAUAGGCGGAGUUUCCAGUUGUUUUCAAUUCAACUAAUACGUACUAGUGAGGCGGAGAAAGCAACAGUUAUUUUUUUGACACGGAAUCAGUCGCGGAAAUGUAUGCUUUUCUUUAAUUAUGACAAUUUUCAAUUGUCGAUGUCUUGUGAAAACCGUUCAGCAAUAAUACUGCGCAUCACAACCUGCACACACUUUUAAGAGACUUGCAUUUACAAUUUUACAAAGACGGUACCAGAGUUCUCGUAACCUGUCGUUCGAUAUUGCCAGAAAUUCAAUGUAACUAGAUUAAGAGAACAAAAUGUACGAGUAUUCAAUAAUAACGAUUAUAAAAAGGUUGUUAUCACUAGGUCCGAAAUAGGCGAAUGGAUUUUGAUUACAUAACCAGGUCUUAUUGAGGGCCCGAGAAUUGCCACUAAAAGCAUCAUUACAGUGAAAAAUAAUGUCGACCCUACAAAAUAUGCCUGAAGAAUGAUUCAAUGCGGUUGAUCAAAUUUAAACCAUGAAACCAUGCAAUAUUUAUGUAAUUAUCAGGUAGUUGUUUCCACCUUCAUGAAUGCUACUACUCAAUGGAACAACGCUUGCAAUUUAUUUGUCUAGUGCGAUUUAAGUAGCGUAAAUGGAUUUUCAAAAUCUGAGUUAGACUAUCGUUUUUAAACAAUUACAAUUACGAUUGCAAUUAUUUUGUUUAGUCAUUAGAUGUUUCCAGAAGCCCACUCGAUUAGGCUGUAGUUUUGAAAACUUGAGCACAAUUGUGAAACUUAAAGUUUAAUUAAAUGAAUCAAUAUACAUAAACUGAAAACAAUCAUUGCAUUUAUUAAAUUUUUGCUAAAAUAGUAGUGCAACGAGUGAAACGAAACUUAGUAGCAACAAUGUUCUCCUUUUCGAAACACACUAUUUCAAUUAAAAAAAAAAGAAUACAAAAACCAAGACUAACUUUUCUCGAUAUCUCUCUACGCUGUCAUACAAACACGACCAUUCCGUGGGAUUCGAUUUGUACGCAGAAGAUCACACCGUUUUAACAUAAAACAAAAACAAAAUACUACAUUUCGAACAAAACCAUGUUAAAAUUCAUCUUAAACCGAAUAAUAAGCAAUGUUUUUCAUAUUAGUCGAAUGACAAAAUGUUACACAAUCAAAUUUAUUAAACAAUUCAUGUAUUUCAUGCGCAACAAAGGAAAAAAAAACAAAAUAAGAUUGUUAUUUACAAGCAAAUAAUAUACCAACUUUAAAUUUUCUAUUAAACACUAGGGAAAGCACAAAGUUGACCAGUUAAGUGUAUUGAUUUAGAGAAAAAGAUGAGGCUAAGGAGAGGUGAAACAUUCUUACGAGAACAGCAACGACCAUUUUAUGGGAAUGCACAGUUACGCGAUAAAAUCUGUACCAAUUAAAUAAAUGCAAAUGACACAUCGAAUAACAUUGGAAUAUAAGUGACGUUGAAGGAUGCUGGUAUAGAAAACAUGAUUCAUCCGAAAAAUUAAAAUCGUUCGCGAACAUUAAGUUAGUCGUUUCGAUCCUGAUAUAGAAUAAUUUAAAAAAAUAAACGUUCUAUAAAUAUUGAAA